UCGAGAUGAUUGCUGAAAAAAUUGAAGAAAAUGCGGAUUUAAGUGAUUUAAAGCCGGAAAUUCUAACAGAAGACGACGAUGAAGUGCAAUUAAUUAAAGUUGAGAGAGUCGAAAAUGCCCAAAAUCAUCAAAAAAGUGCCUUGCAAAGUAUUAUAAACCGUUUAAAAGCCUCGCAUUCCACGUCAAACAUUCCAUCGGAAGCGAAAAAUGACCCAUUAAACAUCCAAAAGUACUUUCCAUGCCAAAAAUGUAAGAAAAUUCUCGCAACUGCCCAAGAUCUGGUUCAACAUUUGCGCUGCCAUGACAAAAAAUCGCCUUCGACGAAGAUUUUCCGAUGCAAAAUCUGUUCAACGGAAUUUUCGAAGCAAGUUUCGUUCGCUUCUCACAUGAAUCUCCAUCGAGAAACGCUCAAAAAUGAAGUUUCGACGCACAAAUGUCCCGAAUGCGGUGAAAGUUUUCGCAACAAAGGCAGUUUAUGGAACCACAAAAAGGCGAAACACAUGCCAGGUGUGCGAAAAUGCAAUAUUUGUUGCAAAACUUUCGCCACAGAAACGGCUUUCAAGGAACAUUUGCAGAAACAUGAGGCGGCAGGACCAAUUAAAUGCGAAAUUUGCCAAAAAUCGUUCACGUUACAGGCUUCGUUGGUCACUCACAUGCGACUUCAUACCGGGGAAUUGCCAUUUUUGUGUGCGGAAUGCGGAAAAUCCUUCAAUACGAAGAAUCGGUUGCAGGAACAUCUUCGGAGGCAUCAAGGAGAGAGGAGAUUUGAAUGCAGCGUUUGCUUAAAAAGGUUUUUUGAGAAGUCGGAUUUGAGGAAACAUGAGUUUACGCAUAGUGAUGAGCAGAAACCUUAUAGUUGCUAUUAUUGCGGAAAAAGCUUCAUUAUGAGCAGCACGUUGCAAAUUCAUAUAAGGACCCAUACAGGUGAAAAACCGUACGCUUGUGAGUUCAAGGAGUUGUGUGAAAAGCGAUUUGCGACACGAUCUCAGAUGAAAAGACAUUUAAAGGUCCAUACGGGACAAUUUCCGAACGUUUUGAGGCACGGAAGAUGACAAAAUUUCCAAAUGAUGUUCGAAAAAUGUCU